AUGUGUACCACACUCAACAUGGACCAGAGGAAGCGAAGAAAAGAGUUGUCUCAGAAGAUUAGAAUGAAAAUUAUAGACAAGCAUGAUAAAGAUAAAGGCUAUAAGACCAUCUCCAAGCAGCUAGAUGUUCCUGUGACUACAGUUGCACAUAUUAUUCAGAAAUUUAAGAUCUAUGGGACUGUAGCCAACCUCCCUGGACGUGGCGGCAGGAGGGAAAUUGAUGACAAAUCAAAGAGACGGAUAAUCCGAAUGGUAACAAAAGAGCCCAGAAAGACUUCUAAAGAGAUCCAAGUUAUCAAAACCAGACUUCUUCAGCAAGAAUGCCAUUUCACCUGGGCUCUGGAUAAAAAUGAUGCAGAUCUAACAGAUCUUCUGAACAGGCUAGAAGAACAGCUUAGCCUGGAUCUCGGAAAGGAGGCAGGAGUUGCACGUACACACAGCUGUAUGGGAUAUGUGAAGUUUCUACUAGGCUCCAAUACUGAGGCUCUGUGCAACUUUGAGAAAUCUGUAGAACUCAUUAAGGCUCAUGGAAAUGACUGUGGUAAGCUGCUUGUUGUUGCCUAUGGAGACCUUGCAUGGUUAUACUAUCAUAUGGGUAAUUUUGCAGAGUGUGAAAUGUACCUGAAUAACCUGAGGGAGAUUAAAGAGAAAUAUCCAUCUGUCCCAUAUGCUGAGGUGCUUGGAGAGAAAGGAUGGACAUUGCUUAAGUUUUCACGCAAAUAUUAUGAAAGGGCCAAAGAAUGCUUUAAAAAGGCCCUGGAUCUGGACCCUGAAGAGGCUGAAUGGAACUCCGGCCUUGCCAUUGCUCUGUAUCGGACAGAGUUUGUGGGAAAAGGAUGUGCACCAGAAACUUCAGAUGCUGUUAAUCAACUUAGACGAGCUAUAGCCACUAACCCAGAUGAUGAUGUUCUUAAAGUUCUGCUUGCUCUGAGAUUGGCUGUUUUCAAGAAGCACAGUGAGGCAGAGAGCCUAGUGGAGCAAGCCUUAGAGAGGUCUCCAGAACACCCACAUGUGAUUCGCUAUGUUGGAAAGUAUUUACGGAAUGCAGGAUCUGUGGACAGGUCCAUUGCCCUGCUAAAGAGAGCAUUAGAGAAAGUGUCAAACAAAGCUUUUAUACACCAUCAGCUGGGGCUCUGCUAUAAACAAAAGAUUAUGAAGCUGAAGCGGGCAGGAAGCCACCACACAAAAGGAGCUGAAAUUAAACGAGCUCAAGAGCAAUGCAUCUACCAUUUGGAGAUGGCAAUCGAACUGAAAACCGGCUUCAUUCUAGCCAUGGCUGAAUUAGCCUUCCAAUAUGGGUUUAAUCGGGAUAUAUCAAGAGCAGAAGAAAUGUUCCAGAAUGCAUUUCAAGCAGCCAAAGAGAAAAAAGACAACUACCAGACUGUUCAUGUGUUUUAUGCAGAAUUUCAGCGGUAUGUUAGGAGAUGUGAGCCUGCUGCCAUCAAACAUUACAUUGAAUGUCUAAAGAUAAAUCCAAAUCAAUUUGAAGGGAAAAAAAGUGCUAAAAGUCUGAGAAAGAUUGCAGAGAGAAGAAUUGAGAACAACCCAAAUGAUGGAGAGGCCUUUGGAAUACUUGGAAUCAUUCAUAAGGAACGAGGAGAAAAACAACAAGCCAUAGAGUGCUUUGAGAAAGCGCUGACCUAUGUAGAUAAUGAGGAGUACCUCAGUGAUCUUUGUGAGCUUAGGCUUUCUCUACAGUAAUAUUAGCAAUAUGAAGUAUGAUACACAGCCAAAUAUCUAUAUACUCAUUUAUUAUUCAUGAUAUUUACUGUUAACAGUGUAGCAUCUGUAAUCUUGUUUUAAAUGUGUGGAUGUAGCAAACACAGCAAUUUGUUAAGACGUACAUGGACACACUCUCAGUGCACUCUCACGCCUUAAUACAAGUCAGUUUCACAACACUAAAUGUGUUAAGAGUGGAAAAACACACUGACAUGAUUAUUGAGGAGAUUAAAGGAGCAGGAAGCUUUGUCUGUGCUAAGGCAGUAAGCAGGAUAAAAACGAUUAAAUAGGAAGAUUGAAGACAAAUUAAAAAUUAAUACGAAUAAGUAAAGCAGCAGAAUCCAGCUAAAUUUAAAAAAAAAAAAAUUGUUGUUUGUCUUUAUAAGUGAAUGUAAUUUACUAAAUUCUCACACUACUGAUCUCAAAAUCUCAAGUCUUUUAAAACUGUGAAUAUAUUUUGCACAUUUAUGAAGGCUGCAUAUUAAUGUUCUAAUGUGUAAUAUUAAUGCAUGUUCUUCUGCAACCAAAUGAAAAUAAAAUUUGUUCAAAUCAUGUGAA